GGGCAGAGACACCUGUCCCGCAGCCAGGCCGGGUGAGCGGGUGGCUGUGGGAGCGGCCCUGCUCCUCUGCGUGCUGCUAAGGCCGCUUUUCUCUCCUGUAAAUCUAAGGUGCCUUCAUGAAUAAUUUAAAUGACCCUCCAAACUGGAACAUCCUGCCAAAUCAACGAGAGCCCGGGGAUGAAGGCAGCAGAUGGAACUACGCCUUGCUGGUCCCCAUGCUGGGCUUGGCUGCCUUCCGUUGGAUCUGGACCAGAGAAUGUCAAAAAGAAAUAGAAAGAGAAAAAAAAGAAUAUUAUAAAAAACAUUCAUCUUUACAAAAAGACCUGGAAGCCAAAUACCGGGAUAUAAUCACAGAAAAUCGUCGCACAGUUGCUCAUUUGGAGUUGGAGCUUGAAAAGGAGCGCAACAGAACCUUGAGUUACCGUGAAGCCCUCGUGUCCCAGAGUCGCAAACUAGUAGAAGAAAGAAGGAUCCUAGAACAGGAGCAGGAGAAGUUAGACCGAGAAAAACAAGUCCUUUUGCACUCAGGAGCAGAAGGUAACCUGUACCAAAGUUGUCUGGCAAAGGAAGAAGAGUGGCAAAAGAGAGCCAAUAUUUUACUAAAAGACUUUGAAGAGGGACUUAAGGAAAGACAGGACAUCUACUGCAGUCUUGUUAUACCCAGAAGCCAGAGACUAGAAGUAGAGAAAAAUCUGCUAGUUAAAGCAGCAACCGAUCCUGUUGCUGUGGCUCUACAUAUGGAAAGUGGCUUAAAAGAUAUUUUCAAACAUGAUAACUACUGUGGCAAUCUGCUGAACAGAAACAAAACUCAAAAUGGAAGACUUAUGUGGCUAUACCUGAGAUAUUGGGAACUAGCUAUUGAAUUACAGAAGUUCAAGAGGGCAGAAAAGGCCAUGUUAGGAAAACGAUAAGUAGGGGAAGUAGUGGGAUUUCUUGGAUCCACUGUGCAUAGUAGGGACAAUCACAGUUGUAGUCUGAAGCUGUUAAAUUCUCCUACUGUGUUUCCAUUUCUCCUCGUUGUUGCACUUGUAUUUGCAUGGGACACGUGCAGUGUUGGUGCCUUUCCUUUCACUAACAACAGAUGCUCCAGUGAGCUACGCAUGCUCUUAAACUCUGUGAGUGUGUUUGUAUUGCAGACUGCAGCGUAGUAUAGAGAUAUGCCAGCUUCCAUAGGUAUCAGAAGCAGCAAAACAGAACUCCAUUCAGAGUGAUUUACCU